GCUGGCUGUGGAUUUAGCUAUGGCUGUUGAAACGUUUGCUAGCUAGGUUGAACUAAAGCAGGUGUAAUUUUACUCAGGCUCCGGUACUAAAAUUGCUAGAAUGCUGUCAACGAACCCAGGCUAUUUUUCUGCAAAUUGUACUGUUGUCCGCUGAUUGAGAAUAUCAGCCAAGGAGGUUAGCUAGCCGUGACGUUAGCUUGUUACCAAGCGUUUGUGACUUGCUGUUUAACCAACAACCUAGCUAGCCUAACGUUAGCUCGGCAACACCCGGUCUUUAUGCAAUUUAAUAGCACGCGUCGGUGUUGUUGAUCAUAUCAGAUUAUUCUCAAGUGUCGCAAACAUGUCUAACGGCAUCAAAUCGUUAUUCAACAUUAUUAGCUAGCCAGGGAAGUUAUUUUGUUAACUCAGGUGAUAGGCCAUCGACUGACAGGAAGCAAGCUAGCAAUCGAUAACAACAAGCGGUCGGGUCCUCCAGUCUGGUCAGAACAAAUACGGAUACUCGUCGAGAUUGAUUUAGUGUCAUCAUAUGUUGACUGAAAACAGGAAACGGCAGCGCAGCGGUGGUGAUGAGGAGAGUGGCCACCUGGUGCCUCAAGCCAAAAGACAGAGCAGGGCUCAUCCUCUGUCUCCUGAGCCAGGCCGGGAUGCCUGGGACUCUGAGUCAUCCAACAGUGAGAGCAACAGCAGCAUCAGCAGUCCGGAGCAUGCGGCUGGGAGCUGUAGCAGCCAGUGCGUUGCGGGCCCUUGCAGUCCCCUCAGCUCCGGUGACUCCUCAGAGCUGGCGGGCCCUAUGAACCUGGUAUCCUACUUGCAGAUCAACCGCAUCCUGAAGCAGGCCCACUUCCAGAGCCUGCAGAGCCGAUGUCAGCUCAGAGACACAUGACGACCAAAUGGCUCCCUCUGUCAGCCACCAGAGGACUGAGUCCCUGAGGCGUGCCAGAGCACCCCAUGCUGAUUCACUUCACUCAGCUCUUCCCACUCAUCUCCAGUUACUGUGAUGUCUCGCAGCUCGACAUAUCUGUGGAUGGAGACCAGCUCCUGGUCAGGUAUCUGGAGGGGGGUUCAUCAUUCAAAUAAAUCAAAAGUGAUAAUCAUUUUAGCAAUAAUAACUGUGAUAAACGUAAACAUUUUUUGUGAUCCACUUGAUUUCUGACCAGUCUGGUUUACAUGCUGCUCUGGGAGCCUUAUUGUGACUGAGUGAUGGUGACGAAUCCCUGUGUUUUGUCUUAAAUGUAUUAAAACAGUGCUUCUGCGGCUGCAGAGAUGGCACCAAACACAAUUUUUAGGCCGGUCAGUGUGACUCGUUUAGUCUCCUAUUAGGAUACUUGGGUUGUAUAAUGCUGAAUCUGAUGUCUGUGUAAGUACAUGGACCAGUCUCAGGGAAGAUUUGCACUUGUCUCGGACUGCUCAUUUGCUUUCAUAUUCAGAUAGGGACUCCUUUACAGGGAACUGUAGAAGCCAUGGGUGGUAACUUGACCAACAAGGUUUUGUUUUUUUGUUCCUGUUUUAUUAGUUUAUAGAGCACUUAGAUUUUAGUUAAAUUCAGUGGAGAGUCUGGAAUAAAUGAUUUGGUUUUAGUAUGGUUUGAAAUUUUAAAAGGAUUUCAUAAUACUGCAAGAUGGGGAAUUUUAAGAAGUUGUACUUAUUUUACAUCAACUACUGCACUUACUUGGAUAAAAAAUGUGGCAAAUUUAUCCCACAUGUAACAUGAUUUUAUAAACAUCGUUGAUUAUUAAAAUAUUGCUCCACUUUGGCAGUGGUAUGCACAGGUGUUGCUCUCCAGGUAUAUUACUUUUUAUUUAUCACUGAAGUUUGUGAUCUCAAAUUAACCCAUCCUGUCUUCUCAUGAUCACUGAAUAAUAAUGCUGUAGAUGCAACAUGGGAAAAAUAUCCAUAAUCAAAUGCCACUGCUCACAUUCGACAUCAGAAUUCAACACCUUUGUCAUUAGAAACUGAUGCAACUACAACCAAAGGAAGAAUUCCCGUAAUAUUAUGAUACCCCAGUAUAGAAGUCAGUUAUUAUAGUUUUAUGCCCGUUUUUAUUUUCAUGCACAGCAACACAGAGUGCAGCCUCACUCAAUGCUCAAACUCUGCACUGUCUCUUUCUCCACUCCACUGAUCUCCUGCGUGUAAGAACGGGGGCUGAGCCCCGUCCAUUGCGACGGACCACACACCAGCUCAGUGUGAGAGUCUCGCGUUUUGCUUCCAAUUACAGCGCACAGUGUUUCUCAGCCCUACUUGGAGGAGAGACCAGCAGGAGUGCAGAGCUUACCACACUCACCACGCCUCUGCAGACAACUUAAGGUGAUACUCAAUAUUGACUGACUCGGAUUGGGGGCAAAAUAAUGUGAUUGGGACAUCCCUAAUUCUCGAUAACUAUAACAUGCGGCAUAUCUUUUCAAAUUAUCAUUUGAAUACAAAUGUAUUUAUAACAAAAUUGAUCAUGAUAAAAAAGCUUACUAUGUCAAGAUCAUGGCAGAAAAAUGUAGGAAUUUUCAUUAUUUUAUAAGAUAAGGGUUAUUAGGGUUAUUUUUGUUCUGUUUCUUGUGAUCAUGGAAAAAUGUAGUGCUCACUACAUCGCCAGCUUUGUUUUCCCAUGACCACAAAAACAAAAUAAUGGUAACACCUAUAAACUAUACAACCUUUCUUACUCCUUUAUAGUCCUCAAUCCUUUUUUUGAUUGUAUGGAGCUGUUUGAUGUGGCAUUUAAGCAAGUAGGAAAAUGUAGUUUGUUUUUUUUUGUCUAGUAGAGGUUAUAGCACAGCAUUUAGGAACAAAAAGACAUUCCCAAGGCUUUUGUUUGCAAUAUUACUGGAGCCACUAAAUGCUGUUUCAAUUGCAGGCAAGCCUCUCUGCACUACCAUGCGAUGGUUGCUGUAUGUGUGUCCCUGUGCACUGAACAUCCAGGUACAAACACUGACCAUAGGGCUGUGCGUCUCCCUUAUUACUUAAAGCAGGAUUGGUUUCACUGCUGAAGCCACAUCCCAGGAGUAAGCUCAGCUGUUUAAGUUUUUAUUUUUCUCAGACUGGUGUGUAAGAAAUGAAAGCAUUUUGAAGGUGUGCUUUUUUUUCCAAUGAUAUAUUUUUUUGUAUUUAGUAAUGUACAUGACAUUAGCCUGCCAUUGACUUUUUGUCCUUGUAAAUACCCAUUCAUUUAAAAAAUAAAGAUGUUUUUGAACAAA